AAGUUGAAACCGAAGACAACAUCUUUACAGUCAUGUCUCAUAUCCUCUCAGCUGACCCCUGUGUCUUUGCUUUGUGUUGCAGAGCUGCUGCAGAUUGCCGGCAUCAGUCCUCAUGGAAACGCUCUCGGGGCGUCCAUGCAGCAGCAGGCCAGCCAGCAGGCGCCUCAGGAGAAGAGAGGCGGGGAGGUGCUGGACUCCACACACACCGACAUCAAACUGGAGAAGAGCAACAUCAUACUUCUAGGUCCCACUGGCUCAGGAAAGACAUUGUUGGCGCAGACCCUGGCACGUUGUCUGGAUGUUCCUUUUGCCAUAUGCGAUUGCACCACACUAACUCAAGCUGGAUACGUGGGAGAGGACAUCGAGUCAGUUAUUGCCAAACUGCUGCAAGAUGCCAACUAUUCAGUGGAGAAAGCACAGCAAGGUAUUGUGUUUCUGGAUGAGGUGGAUAAGAUUGGCAGUGUGCCUGGAAUCCAUCAGCUGAGAGAUGUAGGAGGAGAGGGAGUCCAGCAGGGGUUGCUCAAACUGUUGGAGGGCACCAUCGUCAAUGUUCCUGAGAAGAACUCCAGGAAGCUGAGAGGAGAGACGGUGCAGGUCGACACAACGAACAUCCUGUUUGUGGCAUCCGGUGCUUUCAACGGACUCGACAGAAUCAUCAGCAGAAGAAAGAAUGAAAAGUAUUUGGGUUUUGGAACUCCCUCCAACAUGGGGCAGGGCCGCCGUGCAGCGGCCGCCGCAGACCAGGCCAACACCAGCGGAGAGACGGACACCCUGCUGGAGAUCGAGGAGAAGGACCGGCUGCUGAAGGUCGUGGAGGCCAGAGACCUGAUCGAUUUCGGGAUGAUCCCAGAGUUUGUGGGGCGUCUUCCUGUGGUCGUCCCUCUGCACAGCCUGGACCAAGAGACGCUAGUCCGAAUCCUGACGGAGCCACGCAACGCUGUGGUGCCCCAGUACCAGGCUCUGUUCAGCAUGGACAAAGUAAGGGUUGCCUUACAGUGGCUGCUACAGUACUGUGUUGAAGGGAGCGUUGAGACAAUAAGACCCCAUCAUUUUUAGGAAAUGUUAAUCCUA